AUGCCGUCACAACUAUCGUCCUCAUUCGGGAAGGACACUGUCCUCAGUAUCGGCUGGUGGUGUAAGUUGUGUGGCAACGCCGCCUUCAACUGGUACUUCCAUGUAGAAGGUGGGAAUAUGCUUUCUGUUGGUCGUGCGCUGCGGUUCCGUGAAAGUGAACUUCCACCGUCGUACAAAGAUGUUGUGUCCGGUAUUCCCGGUGUGCUGUUUGUCGGUCCCGGAGCAUACGUCGAAGUGGAACACGGAGAGGAGGACAACCAAUCCGGGGAUCGUCGUCCCGAACCCCGGUUAUGUAAACCCCGUAGCGGGCGAUUUCGUAGACAUGGUAGUCGUCGUGAUCCAGCAAAUGUCAGUGUGAAUGCCACGAAUUUGGACAAUACAUCUGAGCAGGUUGCGUCAUCUAGUCAGACAAUCACGCCAAAACGAUCGGACACACCUCCACCGCCAAGCUACGAAGAUGUGAUGUCUUUGCCGGUUUUGCAUUCGGAUCAGGGCGAAUGUGUUCCCAUGGUGAAUGUGAUCACCACAAAUGUCUCGGGG